AUGCUCACAUAUGCUCUUACAUCUUCAUCCAUCUUGGUGUUUGCUGGCUCAUUUGGAUCAACAGCUCUGGAUAAUGUGUCAGCUGUGUACAUCAGCUUGCCAGCGAGGUGGUUUCCUUCCACUUGUAGCAGGACCAGUAAGUCUGCCAGCUACAGGCAAAGCUCCAGUGACCAGGAAGACCACAGCAUUCGCCAAUUCCUGCUGAAUUAUUGCAAACAGAAAGAACUGGCAGAGGGCAUUGGAAUAGAGGAUGAUUAUAACACUGAAGACCGAGAAGUCCCUCCCACUGAGUGUGAGGAUGUUGAAGAUACUGGUAGUCCUGAUGUGAAAGCAGAGCUUCCCUCCCACCUCAGCAUCGCUAAGGAUGUUAUGGAGCGCUGCAUUCAUCUGCUGUCUGAUCCCAGCCUCAGGCUCCGACUCAAGGUACUGGACGUGCUGGAGUUGUGCGUUCAGGUGCUGAGUGAGAGGGAAAAUGAACUGCUGCCUAUGGCUCAUCGCUGCUGGCCAGCACUCCUGCAGAGACUCACAACUGAUGACCCAUUAGCAGUCCUCAGAGCCUUCAGGUGUGUUCCGACACUUAAUCCAGGUGGAUCUGGACAUCUUCUGGUUUACUCUAAAUGAGCUGCACUGCCCGUCCUCUUACAUCCCACACCACCCCGACCUCCUGCCGGUGCAGCUGAACGGCACGGGCAGGCCGAGAGACGAGUUCUCGGACAACGUGUUCAAACUGCUCAAGGAGGAGUUUGGCUCCGUUACUGAGACAGUUAACCAGCCAGUCAGCUAAUGAGCUGCUGCUUGAUGAAAUUGACUCUUCUCACAAACGGACGACUUAUUGAACCACGACUCCAACAGGUCAAUUAGCUGAAAG